UGCAGAACAAUUGAAAGAAACAAUAGGUUUAUUUAAAGACAUCACUUUCCCCUUGGCAGAACUCACUCAGUCAUCAUUAGUGACUUUUCCAGCCUAUCUUUUACUAUUUUCCUAAUACUAGGGCCUCGUUUGAUAAAAGUAAGAUGAUACUCUUUCCCUCCACCACAUCAUGAACAUGUCUGCAUUUAUUUAGCUCUCCACCUGUAUAUUUGGUAUGGCUUGGGAGCGUGGAUCUCAUGUGGGUUGAUAUGAAUCUGGCAUUUGGCAGUGACUCCUGAACUAGUCCUGCUCAGUGGUGUGCAAAGGAACAAUUCCGAUCUCAGAGGAGGCUCCCCCUUUACCCAGAGCUGCAGAAUACCUGAUAGAACAUGUUGCUGAUUUCAAUACAGGUCUUGAACUUUUGUUGUUCAUUCUAUGCACGGAUAAAAACCUAGAUAGAAAGCAUAAGCAUCUCCUGGAGGUGACAUGCAGAAUGAGGCUCUUUUUCAGCAAUUACUCUUCUACCUCCUGUCCUAAUCUAUUUGUCUUAUAUGAGCCUUCCUGAGUUCCCUUGCAAGUCUAAGGCAUUGAUUACAGAUUUUACAAGUCUCUGACCUCAUCCUUUUGGACUUGGAACAUUCUAGUUGUUUAGGCACUCUAGUAUAAAUGGCGCUUUUAUGUGAAAACAAGUUGACAUUGUAAAAGACCAAAUAACUCAGAUUUUGGAAAAUGUACCACUAUGAAACUAUUUUAUUGAUACUUUGUUAAUGCCAUAGAGGAGUACAAUAGUCAAAAGUAUCCAUGAGAAGAAUAAGAUACAAAUAAAAUUCUAUUGCCUAUUUCUGAUGUGUCAUCCCCUGCUUAUACCAAGCUUUCCCUGUAGUCUCUGCUUUGUAUUCUUCCUUUGUUACGCCAGAGACCCAUUAAUUGACCCCUAGUCAGGAAAGCCUCUGAUCAAAGAGUUAUCUUUCUUAUAUAUAUUCAGAGUAUCCUCUUAUGAGGAUCAUGGUUUUGCUUCUCAUUUCUCUAUCCUUAACUGCUGGAUACACUAUUUGAUUUCUGUUCCCAUCCUUCUAACCUGAGGACUUUUGACCAAGAGUUAAAAUUAACAAUUACCCACCUACCUAGUCUUUCCACAAAUGUUUUGAGUGGCAACUAUCUGCCAGAUGUGCUAGAAAAAUAAUGAUGAACAAAACUUCCUGGCCUCCUCAGCAACUCUUCAUGAAGCUUACAAUUAAAUGGGGACUCAGACAUUGCUUAGGUAGACACAGAGAGCUGUGUAGUAGACUAAAGUCUUAGGAGAGAGUAUUAUAAGCCAGUCCACUGAAUUCAGUGAAGGCCUUUUUGAAAGUGGGUAACUAAGGUAAGAUUUAGAGAAUUGAUAAGAGGAUGAUGCAGGUUCCUCCUCCCUUUUCCUCACAGCUGUCUUGAGGAUCUCUCCUACAGCAUAUUUCCACCUUUACAGAUUUCAUCUUCCUCUUUUCUCUCACAGAAUCAUUUCUCUUUUAUUCUCAAAAAUCUACUUUGAUUGUCUGUAAUCCCAAGUACAUAGUAUAUUGUGCAACAUCCUAACUUCCUUGGCUUGUAAGAAGAGGUCCUUUCUCAUAUAAACACUAUUUCAUCCUCUUCAAAGGGCUAUUCUUUAUGGAUUAUAAUUAAGAGACACUCAUCUUUGGUUCCCAGUUCUUUAGAGUUGUAAUUUAUAGCAAUUAUAUUAGUAAAAUAUGCAAGAGAUGUAGAGAAUGAAGAAGAGGAAAUUGGGAACAAACCUAGGGGUGCUGAUUAUGAGGGCAAAGUAGCUCAAGAAACUGAAUAAAGGGCUAAACCCUUGAGACUAUACGAAAAUUCCAUAAAUACAUGCAUUUGGGCAGAAACCUAUGAAUACCAGAUCUAAGAGCUGGUGACUACAACCAAGCAGUCAUUUUGAGGAUGGAGACAUGCUUCUGUGAUCCAGACAUAAAAGACAUUCAUUGACUCAGGAGCUAGAAUCUGUCCUGUUUUUUCUGUGUGGCUGAUGUGAGUAACAAGUGGUAUAAUUUGUCUGAAAUUUCUUUGUGAAACUGAAAUAAAUAAUAUUAAAUGCUUAUAUAAUACUAUUAUUUCUGAAAUUGUUCUCUCCCUUUUAAUAGCAAAAAUAAUAAUGAUAAUAAUAAUAAUAAUGAAUUCCCAUUUAGGGACAAAGUUGGAAAUAUUAUGGAUUCUUUACAAAUAAGGUGAAUCCAACUUGUCUGCUAUGAGGAAUAAGGGAAAUAAAUGGGGAGCCUGAAUGGUUCAGUCAAUGCUUUAAGCUUCAGCCAAUCUUUCUAUAAACGGUGGUUUUAUAUAUAAGAUUAAUCAAUUUACACUGAAUUUUGUGAACUUGAUGGCUUCCUAAAGCAAGGUCUUUAUUUCAAAAACUAAAGAAAAUGUCCUCAUCCAUUGAUAACAAAAGUAACACAAAUUUAGAAAAAAAAAUAUGCUUAUAUUUUGAUGAAAGUUAUUUAUAAACAAAUUGAGGAAGAAACAUAGGCCACAUUAAGUAGCAGAAAUAAAAGUUCAUUGGCUGUAGGGGCGCCUGGGUGGCUCGGUCAGUUAAGCGUACGACUUCGGUUCAGGUCAUGAUCUCACAGUUCAUGGGUUCGAGCCCGCAUCGGGCUCUGUGCUGACAGUUCAGAGCCUGGAGCCUGCUUCGGAUUCUGAGUCUCCCUCUCUCUCUACCCCCGCUCAUGCUCUGUCUCCCUCUCACUCAAAAAUAAAUAAACAUUAAAAGGUAUUUAAAAAAAGUUCAAUGGUUGUAAGUGGAAAUGCACAGAGGAGUAUAUUGUUCUAGUUAAACAAAUGAUCUAUAACUUUCUUCUUGCUGUUAUUAUUUUACUGAACUAUAGUUGAUAUACAAUGUUACAUUAGUUUCAUGUGUACAACAUAGUGAUUUGACAAGUUUAUACAUUAUCCUAUGUUCACCAAAGCUAUAGCUACCAUCUGCCACCACAGUUAUAUACCCACAAUUAUAUUCCCUAUGCUAUACCUUUUAUCCCCUGGAAGACUGUGUCUCCCCCUUCCCUUCACCUAUCUUGUCCAUCCUCCCAUAACCCUGUCCUCUGGCAACCAUCAGUUUGUUCUCUGUACUUAUGGGUCUGUUUCUGGUUUUUGUUUGUUUUUAAAUAAAUGAUCUUAUAGGAUGCUUCUGAAAUCUACAGUAUUGUCAGUGCUCACGGACUGUGAUCAUUUAUCUGUGGGAUAUCAGUGUAUACAGAUCUUCUCCCAAUGUAUAAUUAAAUAUUUUUAGUAGUUAGAGGCUAAUAUAGACUCAUAUCAACUAGCUUAGUCAAUGUUCUCACUAAAAUUAAUUUAGAUAAUCACAUCCAAUAUCUAAAUAUCCAUUCAUUUCUUAAGGAGUAUUCUCCUUCAUUUGUAAUAUGUAUGUAUCAAUGAAAGUAAAAGAGAGGAAAAGAUAGGGAUGUUUCUUCUGUAUUCCUAGAGAAAAUAUAGUAUUGACGUCUCUUUUGUUCUUAUUCAAUAUUAGCAGUUUUGAUGAGGAGUUGAGGAGCCUUAUAUAAGAUGAAGAGAGUGUGACUAUCAGAAGCCUUUGCCAGUAUGUCUCUAGCCAAUACCUCAUGUUUUCAACCCUCAUCUUUCCUGCUGUUGGGAAUCCCAGGACUGGAAAAUAUACAGCUCUGGCUUGGUGUCCCAUUUGGUACAGUCUAUCUGAUUGCCCUCCUGGGGAAUGGCAUCAUCCUCUUUGUGAUCCAGACUGAGCACAGCCUUCACCAUCCCAUGUUCUACUUAUUGGCCAUGUUGGCUCUCACUGACCUGGGCCUCUCCACCGCAACUAUUCCCAAAAUGCUGAGCAUAUUCUGGUUUGGUCUCAAUAAGAUUGACUUUGGGGGAUGUUUAGCUCAAAUGUUCUUCAUACACCUGUUUACAGGUUUCGAAACAUUCAUGCUUGUUGCCAUGGCUUUUGAUCACUACGUUGCCAUUUGCCACCCUCUUCGAUACAACACAAUCCUUACUAACAGAACUAUUUGUAUUAUUGCUGGAGUAGGAAUGUUGAAAAAUUUUGUUUUGGUGUUUCCACUUGUGUUUCUCCUUCUAAGGCUUUCAUUCUGUGGACAUAAUAUUAUACCCCAUACCUACUGUGAGCACAUGGGCAUUGCCCAUCUGGCCUGUGUCAGCAUAAAGGUCAAUAUAUUAUUUGGAUUAAUUCUUAUCUCUAUGAUAUUUCUGGAUGUUAUUUUGAUUGCUAUCUCCUAUGUGAAGAUUCUACGUGCUGUCUUCAGACUCCCAUCCUGGGAGGCCAGGCUCAAAGCUCUUAAUACCUGUGGUUCCCAUGUAUGUGUCAUCUUAGCUUUUUUCACUCCAGCAUUUUUCUCUUUUAUGACUCAUCGAUUUGGCCACAAUAUUCCACGUUAUAUCCACAUCCUCCUGGCAAAUUUAUAUGUGAUAAUCCCACCUGCUCUUAACCCCAUUAUUUAUGGGGUGAGAACUAAGCAGAUCCGAGAACGGGUGGUAAUGAUCUUCCUUUUUAAGGAAGUUUGACUCUAAACUCUUGUCUUGGAAAGAGUCUUCAAAAUGUUUUCCUUAAAAGAGGGAAGGGUUGUUAAGCUUCUAUAGAGCAAAUGCUUUACAGAAUAUGAUGUUAAACAUAAUGUUUCCUCACUUAUGUGCAGUAUCAAAUUAAAGAUGAGUUUACAUAGCAGAUAGUUGUUCCUAGACUAACUAUAAACAUUAUUGUUAAAUAAAUAGGGGUCACUUAUUUCUGUAACUCAUUAACAUCAGGAUUUGGGGAUAAAGUCUUAGCGCAACUCAAGUACUAUUUUUUUUUUUCACGUAAUAUUGUUUAGUCUCUUUACAGAAUUCACUGGUUAUGGUGGAGGAAUGUUGAGCUGCCAAGCACAGUCAUGGUUGUAAUGGGACUGACUAAACAUGCUAUAGGGUAUGGGCUCCUGGAACAACAAUCAAAGAAAUCAAAUACUGAUUUUAUUUCUCCCAUGGUACAGUUGGCUUCCUUAAUCAUGUAACCGCAGGGAAGAAAAUAAUCAACAAAACACCAUAGACAUCAAUGUAAUACUCCAUUUUUAUAAGUUUUGAAAUAGCAACUGCAGCAACUACAUAGAGUCAAAUAUUUGAAAGGACUCAUGGGACUUCACAGGGUAUACUCAUUUUAGGCUUUAAGUAAGGUCAAGGUAAAAUAUAGCAGGAAAAAGAAACAGAACAGGUAAAUGUAGAAAGAUAAAAAAAAAUGAGGCACAACUCCUAGGGCUUUUCCUAGGUUGUACAGAAUGAACUUCAUCUUUGUUGUGAAUGAUUAAAAAUAUGGAAAAACACUUUUGCUUCACCUAAGCCAACUCACAAGUUUAAUGAGAAUUUUUAAAAUCUUACUAGUUGCAUAUAUGUUGGCCUUACCCAAUCAGUUAAAGGCUUGCAUAGAACAAAGACUGACCUUCAUAGAGCAAGAGAGAUUCUGCCAGUUGCUGAGUAUAUCCAUUCACAUUAUGCAUUCUGGAACUAGAGAAAGAACCACAAUAAUGGUUUUGGAGACCCAUUGAUCACCUGACCUACAAAGUCCUUACUAUGACUGUAAGGACUCCAUAAAAAUAAGAAAUAUGUAUAUUUGUUUUCAAAAGGAGU